CGGUGCAGUGGUACACCAUAUCCGCACCUAGCGCAUUAAUGGAGCAAUCAACGCACGGAGCAACGGCGGCCCGGUCAUGGUUCCUCCUGCUCAGCCUUGCCACCACCGCCGGCGUACUUCGAGUCCGCGGCCAGAGCACAGGUUUCGUCAGCAUAGACUGCGGCCUCUCGGAGCAGAGCGGCUACGUGGACGAUGUCACCAAGCUCCCGUACUCCUCGGACGCCGCCUUCACCAACGCCGGCUCCAACCACAACGUCUCGGCGGAGCACGUCAAGCCGUCUUCAAUCAAACGGUACCUCAGCGUGCGCAGCUUCCCCGACACCGGCACGGCCUCGCGCAGCUGCUACACGUUCCCGUCCAUCGUGCCGGGGUCCAAGUGCCUGCUCCGGGCCACCUUCAUGUACGGCAACUACGACGGGCUCAACAAGCUACCCGUCUUGGACCUCUACCUGGACGUCAACUUCUGGAAGACGGUGAACAUCUCCAAGGCCGACUCUGUGCAUACCGCCGAGGUCAUCGCCGUCAUCCCGUCCGACACGGUGCAGGUUUGCCUGGUGGACAUUGGCUUGGGUACGCCGUUUAUCUCCGGGCUGGACCUGAGGCCUCUCAAGAACACGCUGUAUCCGCAAGUGAACUCGUCGCAGGGAUUGGUACUUCUGGAUAGGAGCAACUUCGGCGCGAGUGAUCUCAUUGUUAGGCACCCGGACGAUCCAUACGACCGUGAGUGGUUUCCCUGGAGCAACCUGACCAAGUGGCGAGUGAUCUCAACAAAGGAGAAGGUGAGGCUGAGGCCCGAGGAUGCGGCCGACGUCCACUUUGACGCGCCAUCCGUCGUGAUGCAGACCGCCAUCACACCCAUCAACGCCUCAGAGAAAAUUAACUUCUCGUGGGAUGCCGAGCCAAACUACGUGCACCCCACGCCCCGCACUUGAGACCAGAACGAAGUGGCGUCGCGUCUUUGACUCGAAAUCAGCUCCUGGGAAUAGGGAUCGGUGAACUCGCGAUCCAAAAGAAAAUGAGUACAGGGACGCGUCUACAUGUGAUUAGUUGCAUGACAGGUUGGUUGUAAUGGAGGGUAUCAUAUACUCGUAUAUGAUACUACAUCUGUAAUGUAUUGGUUCUG